CUCCUCGGCUGCUGCUUCUCUUCGCUUGGUCUGUGUUGAUAGCGGCUCCUGCUUCCACACGUGUGGUCAUUCCUAUGUGAAUCUCUCUCUUCGGGGCCCGUUUACAAGUUCAUCCUGCUCCUUCACAAUAGGUGUAAAGCCAUAGAAACCGACAACCAUGGGGGCUUAUCUGUCGCAGCCUAACACGACUAAGACCUCUUCCGAUGGCGGCAACAGCAACAUGAGCUACGGCUUCUCUGCCAUGCAGGGCUGGCGUGUCUCCAUGGAGGAUGCUCAUAAUUGUAUCCUAGAGUUUGAUGAGGAGACUGCCAUGUUCGCUGUGUAUGACGGACAUGGAGGAGAAGAGGUGGCUCUGUACUGUUCAAAGUACCUUCCUGACAUCAUCAAAGAGCAGAAGACCUACAAAGACGGCAAACUGCAAAAGGCACUGGAGGAUGCCUUCUUGGCCAUCGAUAGCAGAAUGACCACAGAGGAAGUCAUCAAGGAGCUGGUCCAGAUUGCUGGACGGCCCACUGAGGAGCCACCCACUGAAAAGGUGGCAGAGGAGGAUGAUUUGGACACAGAGGAGGCAGCUUUGCUCCAUGAGGAGGCCACAAUGACUAUAGAGGAGCUGCUGGUGCGCUACGGCCAGAACCGCAACGCCGUCAAACACGCUUCCGCCAUCAGUGCGGCUGCUAAGAAGGCCUCCUGUCCACAUGCUGAGACCUCAGGAGACAAAGGGGAAGGUGGGGAAGGACAGAAGAAAGAGGGGCUGAACGGAGAAGUGGAGGAGGAGAGCAACGGGAAGGUGAAGAAUGCUGAAGGAGCAGCAUGUGGGUCUAAGCUGCGAGCCUGUCGGAGAAUAGGAGGAGCUGAAGGCAGUGGUGCAGCAGCUGACUGUGGAGAGUCAGGAAGCUCCAAUGGAGAAGAAAAGGCCAGUAAGGCAGAAGGAGAUGCAGGUCCUUCCUGCUCCUCUUUGUCCUCCAAGGCUGCUGGAGAUUCAAAGUCCAGGUUCUUUGAUGACAGCGAGGAGUCUGAGGAAGGAGAGGAGGAGGAGGUCAGUGAUGAAGAGGAUGGCAGUGAAGAGGAAGAAGGUGAUAGCAGUGAGAUGGAAGAAGAGGAAGAUACAGAGGAAGGAGAGGAAGACUCUGAGGAUGAAGAGGAGGAGGAAAUGUGUCUCCCUGGAAUGGAUGGCAAGGAGGAGCCUGGUUCAGACAGCGGCACCACAGCUGUCGUGGCUCUGAUCCGGGGGAAGCAGCUGAUCGUGGCCAAUGCUGGAGACUCUCGCUGUGUGGUGUCUGAACGCGGUAAAGCUGUUGACAUGUCGUACGACCACAAACCAGAGGACGAGGUGGAACUAGCUCGCAUCAAAAACGCUGGAGGGAAAGUAACUAUGGACGGACGGGUCAACGGUGGAUUGAACCUCUCCAGAGCUAUUGGUGACCACUUCUAUAAAAGGAACAAGGCUCUGCCUCCAGAGGAGCAGAUGAUUUCUGCGAUGCCGGACGUCAAAGUUCUGACACUAAACGAGGAGCACGACUUCAUGGUCAUUGCCUGCGACGGCAUCUGGAAUGUGUUAAGCAGUCAGGAGGUGGUGGACUUCAUCAGUGAGAGGAUCAAACCAGACCAGAGUGGCAGCGCCAGGCCCCUUUCAUCUAUAGUGGAAGAGUUGGUGGACCACUGUUUGGCUCCCGACACAUCUGGAGAUGGGACAGGAUGUGACAACAUGACCUGCAUCAUCAUCAGCUUCCGGCCACACCCGUCCCCCUCUCAGUCAGAUGACACAAAGAAGAGGAAGCACCAGGAGGAGGCAGAAGGGACUGAGCUGGAGGAGAAUGGAAACAGCAAAAAGGCUAAAAGUGACUAAAAGAAAAGAGAAACUAUCCCAGGGGGGAGCAGCUGGUCCCAGUCUACCCAAGAUACACCCAGAGACACAUUCUGUUCAAAAUUAAAUCCUUACCUCACAAACAUCAAUUCACCCUAAGACAGAAUUUGUAAAUGCUAUAUGUAUGCUCAAAGAUCAGCUGAACUAAGAUCAUCAGUAUAGUUUUUGUCCUCUGUUUUAGGUGGAUUCUCACUUUAACGGCCCCUCCAGUUAUUUCUUUUGUUUGGUCUCAUUGGAAAGAAGCUGGUCACACUUUAACUUUUUAAAUUCAGAGGCGGCAGACUCAACACUCACUGGCAUGCACAUCACUUUCCAUGAAUUUGUAACUUUCUAGCUUGGCAUUGCAUAAAGGUAACAUUAGGAAAAACAUUUUGAAUGACAGAAUAUUACUGUCCUUUGUAGCCCAAACUGAAACUUAAUGAUGCCGUGAGACUGCGGAUGCUAGUCUAGUGUUGCACUGAAUGUGUUGAUGCCCUGUUUUAGUCUCCUCUCUGAUGUUGAUGUCUCACCCUGAAUUUGUUCAGGGGCAGUUUGUUUGAGUCACAUUUUGACAGAGAGGAACUGAACAAUGUAACUACUCCAGUCGCUCUACUUUGCCAUUUCUUUUUUUUUUUUCUUUUUUUUUUUUUUUUCAUUAGCAACCAUUGAGAUGGGAGGAUUUUUUUUUUAUUAUUUUUUUUUUUUCUUUUUGUCUUGUUGGUCACAUGAUACCCCAUACAUCACCAUGAUCCUGCCUUUCUUUUGAUUCCUACUUUGUGUCUUGUCUUGAUUUGAAAUCUGUAAAUUUCCAGAUGGUGAAAAGAUGCCAGGGUUUUGUGAACAACUGUACUUUUCAUCUUUAAGAGAUAGCAGGGAAACGGAGACAAGUCUUAUGUGUCUCUGUAUGUCCAUCCAGAGAGGAGAGAGAGGUGUUGAUUGAAGCCUUGGACUGGCAAUCCACAUACAGCUCGUCUCUAGGACUCUACCUUCCUCCACCCUAUUUACUUUCCCUGUCUGUCGCCAUGUUUCCAUUGAAAGUUCUUUUUUUAAGAUUACCUCUUGAACAUGUUUUAUUUAAAAAGUAUUUCCACACAGAUUGUCAUAUUUUUCAUUUUUGAUGAAUCAGUCCUCUGGCAGUUUUUUAAAAGAAAAUCCUUUUUGUGAGCACACCCUGAAAACGCCCUGAUGCUGGACUGUGGAGAGGAUGCACAAGGUUAUUUUUUUGAGUGGAAAUACAAUUUAAAGUUCAGAGCACCAAGACAAUGUAACUGUUUAGAAGAUUCUUUUCUUUACUUGCAGAAGCCUCAUUUAAAACCUUGUUGUGACUGUAAGUUUGUUUCUAGUGUACUAUCUCGUCACCAUGCCCUUUUUUCUGUACAUAGUUUUUUCAAUACUUACGUAAUUGAAGAAAAAGAAAAUGCUUUUUCUUUGUAAUUGUGAGUCAAUGUGACAUUUUGGUGCAUACUCUUUUGACACCAGUAUGUAAGUACAUACAAUACAUUUUUUUAAAUAAUGAGA